CACUCUCUUGGUUCUGAGACGAAGACUCGGAACAGGAUUCUGCCGUCUUCAUUGUGUAUAUAUACCUCUUAUUUUCCUGGUCAAAUGCACACACAAUCAUUCAAUCAACAACACUUCAACAAGCCGCGAAGACAGCAAAAUGAUGCUCAAGAAGCUCGUGAUCUCUGUCUUGUUCGGCACGGCCGCAGCCAUGCAAAGCAAUACCACAUCCUCUCAGUGUCGGUGUAUGCCCAGCGACCCAUGCUGGCCCAGCACGAGUGAAUGGUCUCAAUUUAACUCGACCGUCGGUGGGCGACUGAUCAAGACCGUUCCCCUGGCUGCGCCUUGUUUUGACCCCAACUAUAAUGCCACUGAGUGUCAGUACCUGCGUAACGAGUGGACGCAGCCCGCGUUACACGAUGCAUCAUCUUCAUCAAUCAUGGCUGCUGCCGUGGCUAACGAGAGCUGCGACCCCUUCGCAGCAUCUACCGGCACGUGUCGUCUGGGGAACAUGGUGUCCUAUGCCGUGAACGUCUCGUCAGCCGCAGAGAUUGCGCAGACCAUCGCUUAUGCCGCCGAGAAGAAUAUUCGGAUUGUCAUCCGCAACACAGGGCAUGACUACAUGGGAAAGUCCACGGGCGCAGGUGGCCUCUCGAUCUGGACACAUCACCUCAAGAACAUCACCGUGCACGACUAUUCCUCUCCUCACUACACGGGACCUGCCGUCACGAUCGGCGCCGGAGUACAAGGGGAGGAAGUCUACGCGGCCUUACACAAGUCGAACCUGGUAGUCGUCGGGGGCGAAUGCGCCACCGUAGGACCCGCCGGAGGCUACACCCAGGGAGGGGGCCACUCGGCCCUAAGCAGCCGGUACGGGCUGGCAGCCGACCAGACGCUGGAGUGGGAGGUGGUCGACGGGCAGGGACGCCAGCUUCGGGCCUCGCCGGCGGAGAACCCAGACCUAUACUGGGCGCUCAGCGGGGGCGGGGGCGGGACGUACGGCGUGGUCACCUCGAUGACGGUCAAGGUGUUCCCGGACUUUCCGACGGUGGGAGUGGUGCUGGAGUUCGAGGCCGACCCGAGCGAUGUCGACCCUUUCUACCAAGCGGUGGAGUACUACCACUCGCUGGUGCCCCGCAUCACGGCGGCGGGGGGGAUGGCCAUCGCGCGCGUGAUGAAUGCCUCCUUCCUGCUCACCCCGCUGACCCUCCCCAACGCCACGCUGCAGCGCGCGCUCGACCUGCUGAGCCCGCUCACGGCCAGGCUGGACGCGCUGAACAUCACCUACGCGAUGAACCUCACCCACUCCCCCUCGUACGUGGAUCACUACAACACCCUGAUCGAGCCGAACCCCACCCAGCUGGUCGAGAACGGCCAGUACGGCGGCAAAUUGAUCCCGCUGGAGGUCAUCGAGAAGUCGAACGCCAAUCUCACGGCCGCCGUGCGAAGCAUCACCCAGGACGGCGCCGCCUUCGUCAGUAUCGCGCUGAACGUCUCGUCCGCGGUGACGGGACCUACCAAUAACUCCGUCCUGCCCUCGUGGCGCACGGCGGCGAUGGACGUCAUCUUGUCGACAUCCUGGCCCGAGCACGCCAGCCUUGGCAAGAUGAAGCAGCUCGCCGACCAGAUGACCCAGAAGUGGGUGCCGACGCUGGAGGCCCUGACCUCUGAUCCCGGCUGUUACAUGAACGAGGCCGACCCGCAACAGCCGAACUGGAAGGAAGCCUUCUACGGGCCCAACUACAACCGCCUGCUAGCCAUUAAAAAGAAAUAUGAUCCCCAGGACUCCUUCUAUGCCUGGACGGCAGUGGGCAGUGACAAUUGGGUGCAGGAGUCGGACGGUCGGCUCUGCCGGGCGACUUCGUCUUAGGCGUUGUGGAAGCAUGUCUGGACAGUACCUGUGGUCGCAUGACGCAUAUCUCCCAUUCUGUGACUUAGAGCCAGCUUAUUAAAUGCACAUCAAGAUAUUAAAACUACUUUACAUUCUCACUCCGUCUAAUUAGCUUGACUAUCGACUCAUAUGCAAAAGUAUCACGCCAGAAAUCAAUCAUCGAACAAAACAACCCCUUCAGCAAAUUCCCACCGCGCGAAUCGUCCACCUACCGCUCUGGCCCCGCUUCACCCUGAUACUUAUCCGCCCCAAGCGGCAGCAAACUCUUCACAGCAUCCACAAUACUCUCCCGCAGCGGCCGGAACUGCACGCCCAGAAU